AUGCUAUCGAUCUUCUUGAUUCUUUUAAUGGGCCUAGCCCCAGCAGUGCUAGGCAGCUACAAUUGCGUAAAUGUGGCCGGGAGAGUGGGCUGUCUCGGGCAUCCGAAUCGGGCCGCUGACGUCAAGAUCCAGCUCUGGGACUCGGAUGCGUUAAUGGACCGCCACCCCCUCAACCACGAUGACUUCAUAGCGCAGACCUGGACCAAUAAACACGGCGAAUUUGGGGUGGACGGGUGCGCCGACGAUCCGGACAUUUUCAGUGGAAUUUUUGGUGAAAACCAACCGGAUCCGUAUCUAAAAAUAUAUCAUAAAUGCAACUCGGUCGAGAAUGAGAUGAAACGCAUUGAUCUAAAGUACUGGUUCGAACCUAAGAAACAGCAGUUUGACGGGAUCCUCUACCUAAACACGAAGCACAACCAGUCUCUUGUCGACAUCGUAUUAGCG